UUCAUGUUUUAAGAUGCUCAUGUAGAAGCCCAGCGGCGGUUCCUUUUGUCUUCUGAGAGACCCGCCUUUGGCCUGCGGUCCCCAGGGUUGGAUUGGCGCCGCGGCCUUCCUGCCGCCGCGGGUCGCACCACCCCAGAACCGCGGCUUGGGACUUCGGGACUAAGAGGAUAGAAGGUCCCCGUCUCUUUGGGUCUCGCCCUCCGUGCUCCAGAGCGCCCACCCCGGGACAGUGAGAGAGGCCGGCCGGCUCGAGCCCGGGGCCCGCGGGGCGGAAGUGUGGGGAGGAACGCGUGUCCCCUCCUGGGAGGAGGCUGCACCCCGAGGGGCCAGGGACGAGCGAGGCGAGAUCCCGGUCUGUAGAGGCCGACCCCGUCUCAGUUGCGCAUAGUUGUACUGCACUGGAAAGGCCAGACGGAUAGCUUUAAGAGGUGUUCACCAAAAGAGAAAGAAAAAGAAGAAAGAAACUAAUGGAAGGCAUAAAAUGGAAAGAGAAUCAAGCAGAUUUGAAAUCCACAUUCCUAUUUUUGACAAGGAAAAGUACUCGGUAUGUAAAGAAAAGCCCCAGAAACAUGCCCACGAAAGCUUCCGAGACGCCUCUCUGGCAAAUGACCACCCUCAGAUAACUAAGAAGAAGAGGAAGGAUUUCCAGCCUCUCAUUUCUUCUCCACUGAAAAAAUCAGAAAUCUUGGACAAGAGUGAAAAGGCCACUUCUAUACAUAAAAAGGGGAAAAGUAGUGCUUUGAGGGUAGACAAGGAAACAGGUGUUAUGUAUGUCUUUGUGGAUAAAGAAAAUAUUGAGAACAUGCCGAAGAAUUGUAGGAAAGAUGUGGACGUUGUUUAUGUUGAUGCAGGCAAAGUACGAAAGUCAGCGAAAGGACAUAAAGCAGACAGACUGUACUCCAUUGCCAACUCAAAUAUACAUAAGCCAGAAGAACUGCAUAAUAAAGUUAGGGGGGAAAAGAAUAAAAACCGUCGGAGGAAAGCCAAAUCCUGGGAUGCUAUACAGGAAAGCCAGUGUAAGACCGUCUCUCAGCCCCAGCUGGAGUCACAGGAGCAGCCAUCCUUGCUGUCUAUAGAUAGAGAAGGUGAAAUCACAGAGCUACCAGAGUCUGCUGAUAAAAGCAAGGCUAAGAAAAAAAAGAAGUUGUUCAGUCCCCAGGGGACGUUAGCCAGGCCUGACAGUCCUGAUCACAGGCCUCCUGAAGGAUUGCAGGGAGCCAGCAAAGGCAGUGAUUUACUGGAAAGAGCCAAGGGAUCCAUCAGUAUAAGGAAAAAUUCUAAGAAAAGGAAACGUGUGUCUGUUGAAAGCGCCUUGGCAUCUGAUGAUGACUUUUUGGUACAUGGUAAGAAGUCUAAAAACACACUCUUUCAUUCAGAACAAGACAGUUGUGCCUUCACUGAAGGAAUUGUGAAACCCAGGCCGCAGAAGGAGUGUCGCAAGCAGCCAUCCUUGCUGUCUGUGGGUCGAGAAGGUGAAAUCACAGAGCUACCAGAGUCUGCUGAUAAAAAGAAAGCUAAGAAAAAAAAGAAGAAAUUGUCGAGUCCCCAGGAACUGGGGGCCUUGGCUAGACCUGCGAAUCCUGGUCACGUGCUCCCUGAAGGGUCACAGGGCGUCAGCAAGGUUGGGGCCAGAGAAGGCAGUGAUUUACUGAAAAGGGCUGAGAGAUCCAUCAGUGUAAAGAAAAAUUCUAAGAAAAGGAAGCGCGUGUCUGCUGAAAGCACCGUGGCCUCUGGUGAUGACUUUUUGGUACAUGGUGAGGAGUCUGAGAACACACACUUUCAUUCAGAACAAGACAGUUGUGCCUUCACUGAAGGAAUUGUGAAACCCAGGCCCCAGAAGGAGUGUCGAAAGCAGCCAUCCUUGCUGUCUGUGGGUCAAGAAGGUGAAAUCACAGAGCUACCAGAGUCUGCUGAUAAAAAGAAAGCUAAGAAAAAAAAGAAGAAAUUGUCGAGUCCCCAGGAACUGGAGGCCUUGGCUAGACCUGCGAGUCCUGGUUACGUGCUCCCUGAUGGGUCACAGGGCGUUAGCGAGGUUGGGGCCAGAGAAGGCAGUGACAUGUUUAGAAAGGUCAAGGUAAAGAACCGCUCUAAGAAGAGGAAGCGUGUGUCUCUCCAGAGCGCCUUAGAGUGUUGUGAGGACUUUUCAGUGCAUGGUGAGAGCUCUGAGAACAUGCUCUUCGGCUCAGCAGUAGGCAGUUGUGCCUUGAUGGAAGAAAAUGUGAAGGAGAAAAACCAGAAGGAGCAAAGUCAGGCAUCUUCCAGAGAGAAGCACAUGGCGGAGGCAUGGAGGUCAGAACCUUCAAAUGAAGAAGAAAGCAAUCUGGAAUUGACUGGCGAGUCGGUAAGAUUGGAAUCUGAAGAUUGGAGAGAAUCCGACCAUUCAGAUGUGGAUCUGCAUUCUGCUGUGAAGCAGCUCCAGGAGUUCAUUCCUGACAUAAAGGAAAGGGCGGCCACUACAAUUAAGAGAAUGUACCGUGAUGACCUGGAGCGGUUUAAAGAAUUUAAAGAACAAGGUAUCACUAUUCGAUUUGGCAAGUUUUCUGCCAAGGAAAAUAAGCAGAUAGAGGAAAACGUGCAAGAAUUCCUCUCCCUAACGGGAAUUGAGAACGCAGACAAGCUGCUGUACACAGACAGAUACCCAGAAGAAAAGGCCGCCAUCACGGAUUUGAAAAGGAAGCACGCGUUCAGGCUGCACAUUGGGAAGGGCAUUGCGCGGCCCUGGAAACUCGUGUACUAUCGAGCAAAGAAGAUCUUCGAUGUCAACAAUUACAAAGGGAGAUACAGUGAAAGGGACACUGAGAAGCUGAAGGCAUGCCAGUCCCUCCACGGGAAUGACUGGAAAAAGAUUGGGGCAAUCGUGGCCCGGAGCAGCCUCUCAGUUGCCCUAAAGUUCUCCCAGAUCCGUAACAAAAGAAAUCAUGGUGUUUGGAGUAAGGAAGAGACCCAGAAACUCAUCAAGGCUGUCGAAGAAGUGAUUCUGAAGAAAAUGUCUCCGCAGGAGUUAAAUGAAAUGGAUUCCGAACUCCAAGAAAAUCCUGCCAGUCGCCUGUCAAUUGUUCGGGAAAAGCUCUACAAGGGCAUAUCGUGGGUAGAAGUGGAAGCCAAGGUGGAGACCAGAAAUUGGAUGCAGUGCAAAAGUAAGUGGACAGAAAUUCUAACCAAGAGGAUGACUAAUGGUGGCUUUGUGUACCGUGGCAUCCAUGCUCUGCAGGCCAAAAUCAACCUGAUUGAAAGGUUGUAUGAAAUAAAUGUGGAAGAUGCUAAUGAAGUAGAUUGGGAAGAUCUUGCUAGUGCCAUAGGUGAUGUACCUCCGUCUUAUGUUCAAACUAAAUUUUAUAAGCUGAAAGCUGCCUGCGUUCCCUUUUGGCAGAAAAAGACUUUCCCAGAGAUCAUCGACUACCUUUAUGAGACUAGUUUACCUUUGCUUAAAGAAAAGUUACAAAAGAAGAUGAGGAAAAAUGGCACCAAAAUCCAAACUCCUGCAGCACCCAAGCAAGUUUUCCUGUUCAGAGACAUCUUUUAUUGUGAAGACAACAGUGAGGGAGAAGAUGUGGAAGAACAGAGUUAAGCAAAGGUUACUAUUUCCAGUGCUUUCAAUUGGGCCAUAUUUAUAGACAUGUGUCAGUGUGUGAGUCAGCUUGCCAUCACCAUAACAAAAUACCUGAGACCAUAACAUCUUACAAAGAGAAAUGGUUUAUACCAGCCCAUGGUGUAGGAGGGUUCCUGUCUGUGAUGGAUUGGCUCCUUUGCUUUGGGCCUGUUCCAAGACAGUGUGUGCUGGAUCAGAUGGCAGAGAAAAACCACUCAGCUUAUGGCCAGGAAAUGAGAGAAUGGAUCCCUCAACGGAUCCAUGCUCUCUCGUACCUGUCGUGGGGUGCCCCUCGACUUCCUAAGUUGUAUUCUCAUGCUCAGGGGCUGGGACUGUUCACCCAAGCUGUCGUCUCAGAGCUUGUCACUGGAUCUGCCUGGUGUUUAGCCGAAAACCAGAUAAAGCCAGCAGUCUCUUCCCUGCGUGAGAAACACUGGCUCCAUCCAGCUUAGUGGAAGAGGUUGUGCAUGGCCCAGGCACACCUCCUGUUGGGAGCCAAGGAUAAUUUGAACCAUGCUCACUGUCAUCAGAGCAAAAGCACGGGAGAGAUUUCAAACACAGGAACUUAGUAUAGGACAUAGGAGUACAGGCACAAAAGUUGCAGAUGGGAUGAAGGAGCCUGCAGGGGAAUGUCGGAUCACCCAGUGGUGGGGAGCUGCCCCUGGGGCCCCGCAUGGCUGCACCAGUCCCCGUGUGCCUCUCGCUGCUCCGCAAAUGCCAGCCUGUCUCCUGCUGCUGUCCUUGCUGUACCCUGCACAUCUGUGUCCCUUCACUGCCACUGCCAGCACAGGAACCUGUGUCCCCAAGAGCCCAACGGCUUCUGCCUCCUCCUCUGUUCCAGCCCCCAGGACCUCGCACGCACCACCCCUGGCAGAAUCCCGCUGCAAGGAACUGUGGGAAAUAAGGUCUCAGGCUCCUGGGCUGCGUGCACUGGGGAGAGCACAGGAACAUCCCAGACAGUGACAUCACCCUCAUCAGUACCAAGAUGCAACUCCACUGUCACCUGGCUGCCCUCCGAUGGCAUUUACGCAGCACUGCUGUGAUGUUAGGAAAUUCAGGUACAGAGCUAAGCAUGAACCAGAUCUGCCACACAAGGGCGAAUACGAAUGCAUAUGGGAGUCUUGCUCCACUCUUCCCCAGUGCCUCUCACAGUGUUACGCAGACGAUAGACAUUCAGUAAAUACUGGCUUCUUGAUAAGUGUGUCUCCUGUAGAGAGCACCUUCUGUCCCUCAGAUGGCCCCGUCUCGGUGCUGAUGGAACUGUAAUGUAUAUUCCCUUUGGAAUAGGAUAAGAUACAUCAGAGCCUGGAGAAUGUACAUAUUGUAUGACUAUUAUAAAGGAAUAAUAAAGUUAAUGUAUAAAUGGGAUGUUUAUAAUACAGAAAAAAGUAAGUGUCCUUUCAUAGGAAAUGUGUUAAUGGUAUUUUGGAAUAUUAUGCAGUGAUUAAAAAUGGUGGUAGAUUUGAUUGACGUGUGAAGGUUAAUAGUGAUUGUCAAGCUAAUUGAAUUAAGAGAUAACUAGGCUGAUAUGUGAGAGCUGCACUCUUGUCAGUCAACUCAUUGAUAAGUUCUUAGCUGAAUGGACUACUAGGAGGUGGAGCAUAUUUGGAGGAAGCAGGUCACUGAGGGGAUGACUUUGAAGGGUAUAACUUUUCUCAGGCUCUUGUGCUGCUUCCUGGCGUCCAUGCCAUCAGCAGCUUUCCUCCACCAGGCCCGUCCACCACGAUGCUUCUGCCUCACCACAGGCCUACAGCAGUGGAGCCAGGUGACCAUGGACUGACACCUGAGACCGUGAGCCAACCCUGCUCCUCCAAGCUGUCUCUCAGGUGUUCAGUUACACCAGUGAAGAGCCGGCUAACGUGAGGAGAUAAUAUUUCAACUGAAGUAUUUCAAAAUAUAUAUUUUCUAAGUUUUGUAAAAGAAUAAAGGAAAUUUAUUACAGAAGCAUUAAAAUGUAUUAAAUAAACCCAAAAUGCCUGCAGUGCUUCUUUCUCCACAUUCAUAAGCUAGCACUCUUCCGGGUUUUUUGUUUUUGUUUGUUUGAGACAGUCUUGCUAUGUAGUCCAGGCUCAACUUGCACUCACUGUGUAGCCCAGGCCGGUCCCGAACUUGCAGUGAUCCUCCUGCCUCAGCUUCCCAAGUCCUGAGCCUAUAGACAUAUGCCUCUACACCCUGCACAAGCCAGCACACUUGAUUGUAGCUUCCAGAAAGGUGGAUGCCAAUGGCCCCAGGGAAUCUGAACUCUCAGAACUAAAAGGCUGCCAGGUGUGGUGGCGCACACCUGUAAUCCUGGCACUC